UUCUGUAUGGGAGACCAGGUUCAACCACAAAUAGCUAAAACAGCAGCAAAUUGAGCCUGUCCCACACCCAAAACCAAGUACCAAGUGAGAUCCUUUUAGGCUUUGCCAACUUUUGCUGAUGAUUCAUGCCCAACUUUUCCCAGCUCACUGUCCUCCUCUCUGACCUGGCCCACAAGGGAAGUCUUGACCUUGUCCAGUGGACAGAGCAGUGCCAGACCACUGGGAUGGGACAGAACCUCAUAUCCCAGCAUGCACACGCGAGCAGAGGCUUAGACGCGAAGGCGCUUCCCUGAGCUGCGGCCGUGCGGGCGGUUCUCGCGGCGGGCCGGGCGAGCGCGCGCUGCCGCCGCUACUGCGUUCGCCACGUUCCCCGCUCGCGCUAAUUGCUACAUCACGCACGGCGCUCGCGCUCACAUUCACCGCGCCAACGCCGAGCGAUGAGCUCACAGGGCGGAGAUUCGGCGGAGCAGCACCGGCGGCAGCAGUUGCUGCGUUUAAUUUAUUUGCAUUUGAAGGAGAAUGGCUACGAGAAAGCUGCCAAGGUGCUUAAAAAGCACAUUUGUCAGAAAGAAACGGAAGCGAGCGUGACACUUUAUGAAAUAUACACCGGUUGGAUAAAAACUUCAGAUGGUUUUGGAGAUACGAAGCAGGAGCCUGGACUGAACAGGGAGAGCCCCCCGAAGAAGUCGCACCUGUCGGACUAUGCCGCCGGGGUCGAGGGAGACGAAGUCAAACCCGAAAAAGGUCACAUCAUUGAGAAGACAGAAGAACCUGAAUUUAAGCCCAUCAUUGAUGAUGGAUCUGUGUCCCCCUGUAACAAACCUUUCAUUCCCUCUGUGGUAAAAAAGUCUUCCAAAAGCACAGAAGGUCACUCAGACUGCAAAGAUGACCCUGAUGGAGACCAGCUGCAGACACCCCCUGGCCAUGCCAGUAGUGUGCCUCCUUUAGUGGAAUUAAGCAAACCCACCAUCCCUCAGGAGGAAACAGUUCCCUUGACACAGGACAUGGGAGUAAAAGUUAUAAGCUCAGACAGUGAAAGUCCUGAAGAUUCAGAAGAAGAGGAGCAGAGGCCACAACAGCAGGCUGAAGGUACUACACCAAAACCCACAGCUAUGAAGACUUCAAGUGUAGCAGGGGCCAGUGAGUCUAAGAGUUCAGCUGACAGUAAUGAUUCUCAGAGAGAAGAAGAAGCACCUGUCCAGAAACCUGGGAAAACACCAGUACGUAAAUCCUCCAAACAAAUUCCAACAAAGGGAGCCACUGCAGCCCCACUAAAGUCUAGCCAGGACACCACCAGCCAAGCUUUAGCUACACCCAAGAUCUCUGCUGCCCAGAACAAGGCUGAGUGCUCUGGGAGUGAGAGCAAUGAUAACUCAGUCAGUGACCAGGAAGUGACACAAGACCAGAAAGCUGUAUCGGACAGUCCAAAUAACACCGCUACAGAGACGACCCCUGCACCAGUUAAACCCAGUUCCACCCUUGACCUAACUGCAGCCCCUUUGAAAAGAGAAGAGAGCUCAGACGGUGAUAAUGAGUCAGAAAGUGAAGAGGCAAUUCCACCAACCCAGGCCACGUCCACAAAGCCCACAGUAAACCCACCUUCAUCCACUCCAGCAGUGGUCAGCAGUUGUCAGAGUUCAGACAGUGAGGAGGACGUGUCUGUCCAGAAAGCAGUCAAAACCCCAAAAGUUAUACCUGCAGCCCCAGAAAGGCCCAGGCAGUCUGUACACAGCAAAGCUAAAGAUGCCCCUGAGGUUCCUGCUGCAGAGAAGAAAGCAGAGAGCUCAGAGAGUGAGAGUGGUGAUGACUUGGAGAGUGAAGAAGAAGCUGUUAAAGAGAGCGCUAAACCUGUGCCUGACACACCACACAAGGCAACUACAGUGAUUGUCACCCCUGGUCUCACCAAAGUCCCUUCAAAAACAGAAGAGACCUCAGAGAAUGAUGACCAAUCCGAACGUGAAGAAAUUCCACCAACACAGAAAGAAGUGACAACCUCAACAUUGACAACUACCCAGAAGACUCCAAAGAAUGGAGCUUCCGCAGCUCCACUGAAGCCCAGCCAGCACAAAUCAGCCCAGGCUAAAAAGUCACCCAAGGGUCUUGCUGUAGAGAAGUCCGAGAGCUCUGAGAGCAGCAAUGAUUCAGCGAGUGAAGAGAAAGCCGAUGGAAAACCCAACGCUGCAAAAAAGACCACUGCAGUUAUGACUCCAGCACUAGUUAAACCCAGUACCACAUCUGGUCGCACCACAGCCCUGUCAAAAUCAGGAGAGGGCUCAGAGAGUGACGAUGAAUCAGAAAGUGAAGAUGAAAUUCCACCAACCCAGAAAACCAAAAUCCCAAAAGGGACACCUGCCAAGAUUUCACCCACGAGGGCAUCUAAAACUCCAGUGAAGCUCAGCCAUCCCACACCUAUCCAGGCUAAAGGUGCAAAGAAGGCUGACAGCCCAGAGAGCAGUGAUGACUCAGAGAGUGAAGAGGUAGCAACACCACCACAACAGAAAGCUGGUGUGACACCGAAAGCUAAACUUGUGUCUGGCCCUGCAAAGACAACUGCACUGAAAGGUUCAACACCAGGUAAACCUAGUUAUACCUUGGCUCCCACCACAGCCUCCUCAAAACCAGAAGAGAGCUCAGAGAGCGAUGAUGAAUCAGAAAGUGAAGAGGAGAUUCCCCCAACACAGGUAAUGUCCACUGAGCCCACAGCAAGCACACAUUUAGCCACCCCAGCAAUGGUCAACAGGGGUCAGAGUUCAGACAGGGACAGUGAGGAAUCUGAGAGCGAGGACAACGCACCUGACCAGAAACCAGAGCUGACCAUCAAGCCAAAAGUAUGUAAGGUUAUUCCAGCAAAGUCAUUGAGUGCGGUGACCCCAGUCAGAGCCAAGACCGCACCCACCACCACCUCAAAAACAACCAUGAAGACCUCAGUAUCUGUCAGACGAAAAAAGAGUACAAGCACAGACAGUGAGGACGAGAUUCCAAGAAAGUCAGCCCCAGCUAAACGGGCUUCCAUGGUGUCAGUCAAGCCUGGACAUCCCAUUCCAAGCCAGGUUAAAGCAGCACCCAAGGCCCCUUCUAAAGAGGGAAAGGCCAAGGAGGCUAGCAGUGAUGAUUCGGAGAGUGGUGAAGACCCUUCAGCGAAGAUUGCUGUGGCAGCUUCCGACAUUUUGCCCAAGAUGAAAUGCAAAUCCACAACCCAGACUGUACAGAAGACUCCGAACGCUUCAAAAAAAGUGGCCGGUGGCAGUGAGGACCUGUCCGAAAAGGACGCAUCUCUUGAAAACUCGGCUUUGAAGACUCCCAAAGCUAAACUACGUGCCGUCGCUCCAGAACUUUCAUCUGACAUCAAGAGCAGUACAACCAAGGGCACUGAGGAUGGUGCUUCCAUACUCGUUCAGGAAGUCUCAGCAAUAAUGGAUUCUGAACCUGACAUAUUAGGGACAGCAUCUUCUGAUGCAGCUCCCAAAAACUCAAAGGACGGUGAUGUCAUUGCAGAGGAGCUCUCCCAGACUUCUCUGGACCCAAAAGAAUCUAUGAAGAAAGCCACUGAAAGAAGGAAAAGGAGGAGGAAGAAGAAGAAGAAAAAAAAGAAAGCCUCUGUCCAAUUUGAGGAUGAGAACAUUUCCCCCACAGGCCCUGGUCAGGAGCUGAUUUUACCCAGUGGAGGAUCUGCCAUCAGUUUGGACCAGUUAAUAACAAUGCCAUGCAAAGCUUCUGAAGAGCCAGAAUCAUCUGAGACUGGUGUUAGUCUUAAGAAGGUUGGAUCAAAGAGCUCAAAGUCACUAGUAUCAGGAGUGAAUAGUGAGGGAGAGCCUGAAGUGAAAACCAUAGCAACAGAAGCUAUGCCUCAGGCAAAAAAGAGGAGGAGCACAGACAAAGGAGAUAUGGAACCGAAGAGUAAGAAGAAGAAGAAGAAGAAGAAAGGUGCAGACACAGAAGCAAACCCCACAGAGCUGGGGAACAACCCUCAUUCCGAGAACAAGCUUAAUUUGGAAGAGUCAGAAAAAGAGGCACUGACUCCCUCAGAUGAUGCAACUGCAAAGAUGGGCUCUGAUGACUCUAUGGAGUCCAACUCCACCACCCUCAUUUUGUCUGCAAAGGCCUUAAAGAAGAUUAAGAAAAUGAAGAAGAAAGAGAAGGUAAAAGUUAAGAAUACAGGGAGUAAAAAGAUUAAAGCCCACAAGACUAUGAGUGUCUUUACCUCUGUGGCUGAGCAGCUGCUGGCCAUUACCAAAAAAAAAGAAUUAAAGAAAGCUACUGCUGUGAAGAAGCCGCUAUUGGUGCUUGAUCCGCAAAAAAGGAAGAAAUUUGACAAAGACGGUACUAUAAGAUCAGAGCCAGAAUCUGAAAUUCCUGCUUUUAAGAAAAGAAAAAAGAAAAACAAAAGCAACAGGGAGGAGAAGACACCUUCAAAGAAGAAGCAAACUCAGGACACAGAAGACCAUGAGCUGCAAAUCCAAGGUCUGGCGGAGAGUACGCUUGUGAAGAAGAAAAAAAAGAAAAAGAAAAACAGAUGGAAAGACAGAGGAAAACUGAUCAAGACACCUUUCAAGGGGCCACAGGGGCUUCAUCUGGACACACCUCCACCUUUAGGGACUAGUCCAGAACCUUCUAAAGCCGCCUUGGGAAAAGUGAGAAAAAAAUCGCGUUCCUUCAGAAACAGUGAAUGAUGGAUGGGAAUUGCUGUUCUCUGCGGACCCGAGAGUAGAUGAGCUGCUGGCCAGUGAAAGAGGAUCAACUCUUCCACACGGGUUAAACUAGUGUUACUUUAUAGUGAGGAAAAAGUUACUUCAGUUUGUAUGUGCUUUCUGUGAAACAUGUUUGGUUCUAUAGCAUUUUAGCAGUAAGCAAUACUACAGAGGAUGGAAGGUUUUGUUACAGCAAUAUUAUGGAUUUAUUCAGUUUUUCUAAUUGUAUGGGAUAUUUUCAGUUAGAUGCUGCUGACUCCAGUUAAGACUAUGGAAAUGAAUUCUGCAUCCAGUGUGGAUUCUCUGUACUUAAAGGUGACUUUAUAUUUGACAGGGCAGAAACAGUAGCACACAGACUAGCAUGUGAUUAUCACUGUGCUUUGGGAACAAGGUUAUACUGACCAUAGACCACCUUACUGCAGUAGUUGAAAGGGAGGCUUUUCUCCCUUAACACAUAAUACAAGUGUUUCUGCCACACACACUUUUAGACACUGUGAAACAGGCAUGUAACUGUCAUUUUUCUGGUGUUUGUUCAUUUCAGCUUUUAAUAAAUGUUAAUUUUGCAUUAUUUGAAGGAGCAUGGUAUGUUAGAUAUUUGAACAUUUAAAGGCAGUACCUAAAAACUGACUUCAAAACAGGGUAUGGGUACAGCAGGAUGUAGAAAGGGUAACUCAUGAUAUGUAGACAAUCACACACCAAGUCACUGAAUGCUUUUGCAAUAGAAUGUUGGUAAAUUUGUCAGUAACUGAUAUCUUAAAAUGUUGCCCCAUUCACUAAGCUUCCAGUGUUGCAAUGUAACAUUUACUAUCACCAAAGGAUGUAGUUGGAUCUUCAGGGCUACAAUCUACUUUUUUUUUUUUUU